UCAGCCCCCGUGGCUUUAUGAAAGACCAAAUCCCUCCGCGGGCAGCGGUUUUAAAGCCUGUCUGUCGGCGAGAGGAGGAUUUCGUUUUGGCUCAGUUGGGCGGGCAGACACGCUAUCAACUUAUCCGCUUGUAUAUGAUCUUCAUUCCGGUUUCAAGUAAAGGCUGUCUUCCCUACCUCCCUCUUCGAGCCCCGCUGUUCUGCGCCGCUCCAGCAGCACCAGCCAGCGGACGUAGCCGAGCAGGGAAGUGGGUUUCGUCUUCUUUUUCGUCAGGCAGAUGCUCCCAGCCGUCCAGAUUGACAGGAGUGAUGGGAUGUGUCAACUAGCAGACAAGACGUCUUUGGAUGAUGUAAUCAGACUGAGGGACUCAUCUGCAGUGUUGACGCCGGAGCGAGACAAAGGCGGGAAGGAGGAAGAGUGGGUGGACUGUGGUGAUACAAACAUGGGCGUGGGCAAGAACACCUCCUCCAAGCCAAUGGACAGCGAGAGCGAGGGAGGGAAAUAUGAAGAGGAGAGUAAACACGGAGCAGACUUCUACCCCAUUCCGGUGGUGGUAAAUGGAGUGGGAGGAGCCAAUGGAGACCAGGAUACAGAGAACACCGAGCUGAUGGCCAUCUAUGCUAAAGUUCAGGGAGCGGAAAAGAGCUCAAUGUCAGAGACGUUGGACAGCUCAGACAGUACGGAUGCGAGGAGGAUGGACAUGAUCUAUAUUAUAGAAGACACUCCGCCUUGGUACCUGUGUGUGUUUUUAGGGCUACAGCACUAUUUAACAUGUUUCAGCGGAACCAUAGCCGUGCCGUUCCUUCUCGCUGAAGCCAUGUGUGUUGGCUUUGACCAGUGGGCAACAAGCCAACUCAUAGGGACCAUCUUCUUUUGUGUGGGGAUCACCACCCUCCUCCAGACCACACUGGGCUGCAGGUUGCCUUUGUUCCAGGCCAGUGCUUUCGCCUUCCUCGCCCCGUCCAGAGCCAUUCUGUCACUGGACAAAUGGAAGUGUAACAACACAGAGAUACUAUUAGAGACAAACAGCACGGAGAUCCUCCACACAGAGCACAUCUGGCAUCCCAGGAUACGAGAAAUCCAAGGGGCCAUCAUUGUGUCGUCUCUGGUGGAGGUGUGUAUUGGGGCGCUGGGUCUGCCUGGGCUCCUCUUGAAGUAUAUUGGGCCUCUGACCAUCACCCCCACUGUGGCCCUCAUCGGCCUCUCUGGUUUCCAAGCUGCAGGGGAGAGAGCGGGCAAACACUGGGGCAUCGCUAUAAUGACUAUUUUUUUGGUUCUUCUCUUCUCCCAGUAUGCCAGAAAUGUCCACUUCCCGUUGCCUGUCUACAAAGCAAAGAAAGGCUGGACUACCUAUAGGCUGCAGGUGUUUAAAAUGUUCCCAAUCAUCAUGGCCAUCCUGGUGUCAUGGCUGCUGUGCUUUAUCUUCACGGUGACGGACGUCUUCCCAACUGUGAAAGACAAAUAUGGCUACUACGCCCGUACAGACUCUCGCCAAGGGAUCCUCUCAGCUGCGCCCUGGUUCAAGAUCCCGUAUCCCUUCCAGUGGGGGGUUCCUAAUGUAACAGCUGCAGGUGUGAUCGGCAUGAUGAGCGCGGUGGUCGCCAGCAUCAUCGAGUCUAUCGGCGACUAUUACGCCUGCGCACGUCUGUCUUGCGCCCCUCCACCACCCAUCCAUGCCAUCAAUAGGGGCAUAUUUAUUGAGGGCAUUUCCUGUGUGCUGGAUGGGCUUUUCGGGACGGGCAAUGGUUCCACCUCUUCCAGUCCAAACAUAGGUGUUCUGGGAAUAACAAAGGUGGGCAGCAGGCGUGUGAUCCAGUACGGAGCUGCCAUGAUGCUGCUCCUGGGGCUCGUGGGUAAAUUCAGCGCCCUGUUCGCCUCUCUGCCUGACCCAGUGCUGGGAGCACUGUUCUGCACUUUGUUCGGUAUGAUCACGGCGGUGGGGCUGUCCAACCUCCAGUUUGUGGAUCUCAACUCUUCCAGGAACCUCUUUGUUCUGGGCUUCUCCAUCUUCUUUGGUUUGAUGUUGCCCAGCUACCUCAAACAGAACCCGCUGGUCACAGGCAUCGUUGAGAUUGACCAAGUGUUGAAUGUGCUCCUCACUACGGCCAUGUUUGUAGGAGGCUCAGUGGCUUUUAUUUUGGACAAUACUAUUCCAGGCUCUCCUGAGGAGCGAGGCAUCAGGAAGCUAAAACGAGGCUCAGGUCUGAGUGCUGCCGAGCUGGAAGGGAUGCGCUCAUACGACCUGCCCUUUGGAAUGGACUUCAUCCGCAGACACGCCGUCUUCAAGUACCUUCCCAUCAGCCCGACCUUCACCGGCUACCAGUGGGGGGGUCUGCAGGAAGCCUACAGGAGCAGGGCGGGACACAGGGAUGUGGGGAAGGGAGGAGGAGGAGGAGGGGAGGGAGCCGCCACUCAGGGGGAGAGUCUGGCAUAGCCCGACCAAAUAGUGUGUGAAUUUGGGGAGCAAGGGAAGGUACACUGAGAGAAAAGGAUGUGAGGGCAUGGUGCAGGAUGUGGACAACAUGUGAAGUGUGUGUUUUCUUGUGUCACUUCCCGCUAUGCUAUUUUUAGCAUGCUUAAAGCAAGUGGCAGCCAGCAUGCUCCCAAAAAGAUGCCACCAUGUUGAGACUAGUUGGUGUGUCUGCAUGUGUGCAUUCAUUUACACUGGCACUUUAACACUUGAUGAUGAUCACUCUUUAGCACCUAAUCGUUUCUUUUAUAAUCUGCCAACCGAGAAUUAUGCAAAAAAAAAAAAAAAAAAAAAGGUCUCAAUGCCAUGCACAUUGUACAUGGACACACACUAACAGCCCUACAAAAACAGGCUUACAGCACUGCAGCACUAGGAUGCAUGUCUGCUUGGUUCAAAGGGGCUGUCAGGCACCCUUAGCUCAGUGAUUGUUGACUUUUUCUUCUUUACGCUGUCUUCUUAGUCCAGAAUCCACUCUCUGGCAAGUCGGCUCACUUUCUGACAAACAACUGUAAACUCAACUAGCACUCAAUUUACAUCAAGGAGGAUCUAACGGUUUACUUCCAGUGCCAGUCCAAAGUUGACUGGUACUGUUAUGAAUGUGUGUGUGCGUGUGUAUGGUUUCGGCAUUAUCCACAUUUUACAUUUACCGUAUAUGAGCAGAAUCCCAAAAUCGGAAUGCCUUUGUUCUAUCAUUUGGAUAUUUUAAAAGGAUCAUUAUCACAUGACUUCCUGGAGUUAUCCUCACUUCCACUACCAGUAUUCUUUAAUAAGAUGUAAGCACAAAUGUUAUACACAGGCAGCAUGGUGGCACCUGUGGUUAGCUCAUCUUCUUUUACAGUCUUCAUGUUCUGUGUGGGUUUUCUGUGGCUUCCUCCCACAGUCCAAAAACAUGCAUCUUAGGUACACUGAAGACUCUAAAUUGUUCCUUGGAGUGAAUGCUUGUCGCCCCAAAGUCAGCUGGGAAAAGUGCCAGUUCAUCCACGACCCUAAUUACUUCAAGCAGUAUGGAAAAUAAAUGGAAGUGGUUGAACAUUAUAGAGGAAGAGAUGGAAAAGCUGCUAUGUUGUUAGCCUUCAGCUUGAUAAGCAACCCAUUCUGCUAUAGUAACCCUUCUGCCUACGUACUGUAUGUUUUGCGCCGUUACGGACAGUGAAAUGUGGCACAUUAUUAUUGUAGUUUCCUCUCAGUCAGACAGUCUGGCAAGCAUCCACCUUGCACACCAUCUCUGUGUCCUCUCCACAGGACAUCGGAGUGGUGAACAUGAACAAAAUGCACUGAUAUGGUAAGCUCUCAACUGCACACGCCAGACAUUUGAAGGUUUUUCAGAAAAACACAAUAACUACUUCAUUGAGGAAUAAUUCAGUUACUAAUUCAAAUUGCUUUUUUAGCGAUAAGUAACAAUAACCAUGUUUUUAAGUAAUUUAUCCAACACCGGUUACUACAUUUGUCAUUUUUUCUUGAUAAUAUUAUACUUUAAUCUUACCAUGUAUCAAAAAUGACUUGAAUCUCAUAAGAUUAUUACUAUUUUUGUUGAAAAUGUAUAAUUUUUUCAGGAAAUACUUUGUUUUUUCUGGAAAAUGUUUUCAGGAAAAAAAAAAUCAAACACAUAAGACUUUCCUUAAAAACAGACUUGUAAAUAUAGAACUUUAUUCCUCAAAUAUAUUUACUUUAUUCUCAUAUAUAUUUCUUUCAGUGUUGGCACUUUCCUCAGUUUUGUCUAUCGAGGGCUGGGCAUCCAAUUCAAUUAAAGAAUAUUUAAUUAACUGUAAUUUAUUUAAAAUAUUAUUUUUAGUGAGGUGGGAAAAUGUAAUAUCUGAAUGUUCUGAACUCACAUUGAGCAGAAUGAUGCUGAGUUGCGAUUGUGUGACUGCAGCAUCACGUUGACCUUAAACAGUAAUCUAGUUGAGCUUUUACCGGCUGCAGCCAAGUACUGCACUCCAGUUUGCCUCAAUGAAGACAUCAAUCAACAUUUGAUUUCACAAAAUCCACAUCUCUAGUCUUAUUAUAUGAACAAAUACAGUUUGUGGAAGUGAAGAUAGCUCCUUGAAGGUACAGCUAAAGUGGUCCCAAUGAAAUCUUCCUAAAACUGUUCAACAUGGGACCUCAGAAAUGUGGCCUUAGCAGGGAGAUGACAUAAAAUUCUGGCCCCUGUACAGUAUAUUAUUGAAAUGAUCUGUUUGAAGGGAUCCUCUGUUACGUGUUUGAUGGGUAAUGCUACACUAUACAACUUCUGUUCAACUGCACCACUUAGGGUUAAAGGUGCAAAGUAGAUUGUGUAACGAGCAUUUGACUUUCUGUCAUCAGGCUUGAUCGGAUUGUCUUUUGCUGAUAGUUUUCACUCAUUCACUCACUUCCAUCUUACAUUAAUAAUAUAACCAACAUGUAAAACUGGUUAAAAUAUCACAAAUUGAAAACAAAGCAUCCAGUUGAGAUUUGGCAAAUAAACCAAAAAGUGAGUUAGCUUUUUAGUUUUGUUCUGUUACCAAAAAAAAAAACACAACACGUCCCCCCCUUUAUGUCCUAUAUUUUCUUACUGUUUAUUUCUCCUUUUUUUUAAGGUAUUUAUUUAUUUAUGGGAGGUGUGUCUAGCUCGGUUGGCUGAAGCAUGUCUCUGGUUGUCUUGCACAAUGUUGAAAGCUAACUUAUGAUUUCUUCGUCUCGGCGUAUAAAAAAGAAAGAUGAGAACAAGCCACCCUUAGCUUCAGCUAACCGCUAUAGAUUGUUUACCAUAUAAGGCAUCGUGGCUGCUGCUGCUGCUGCUGCUGCUGCUGCUCUUUCUAUUCAUGUCAGGGCCUUUUAUGACUUCAUACAUUUAAAAGGUGCCAAGAAUAUGUUCUCGUUAACCUUAAAAUGUUGAUAGAAUGGACCACAUUAUACUACUGGGCCUUAAGUCUUUAUUAUGCUGACUGUUAGUGGCCACUUGUGUGGAGCAAUGUUAAUAUUCAGGAUGGGCCUUUAACUAUAUUCAUGUUCAUUUUUGUAAUUCUACCUAGAUGGUUGAAACUUUUUUUAAAGAGUGUUAUUCCACAGACAUAUUUAUGCAAUUCUUUCAAGUUAAAUAACUGUUGUCAUUUUGACUCAACAGCCCCUCGACUGGUCGCACCCAAUUCCUUUGUGACAUGUUUACCAUAAGUGCUCUAAUUAUAGCCAUGGUGUUUAUUCACCUAAACCGCAAAGAGGACAGAAGGUUAAUUAAUAGCGGGCAAUAAUUGGAGAGAGGUUAUGUAAAAACUCAGUUGUCCCUCGCCACUUCGCGCUUCAAAUUUCAGUUUCGCUCUAUCACACGUUCUCGAGUCAUGCAGUUGUGUGGUUGAAUAUGCCCUAUAAUUAGUCAAAAAAUAUGUAUAGUUCAGUGAAUAUUACAUAUUUUUGCAUAAAUUAAGCAUUUUGAAGCAUACAAAUGGCUAAAUUGACUAAAAUACAAAUACAAGGCAUUAAGAUGACGUGAAUGUGGUAUUCUAUAUUGGUCACUAGGUGUCAGGUUUCCUAUGCUUUUAACUGCAAAAAUAUUUCAUUUAGUGGAAAUUUCAACUUAUCACGGUCAGGUCGGGAACCAAUUAACCAUGAUAAAUGAGAGAUUACUGUAUAUAAAAACAACAUUUUUAAACUUCAAUAAUGGUUUAGAACGCAUGAGAAAGUGGAAAUAAAAACUUUGCUCUCUUUGACCUUAUGGUCAUUUAUUAACAAGUACAUUACACAACACAGCAGAAAGACAACCAAUGUUGUAAUAGCGGUCAGGAGUAAACUGCUCAGUCUGCAUUAAUACUGCUGAGUUGAUUACAAACAACAGUAGAGCUGGUGUAACGUGCAUAAAUUUUGCACCAACAGCUGAUUAGCUCAAACAACCUUUUUAAGCGCACGCAGAGGUAGAUAAAGCUACUGGAUACUGACCACUUAUACUUCAAACGCAGCUACUGCCGUCUUGAGUUCAUCUUUUUUUUUUUUUAAGGAGGUUGCCUACAGCCACAGCUGCCGAUGCCAAAGUUUUUUUUUUGACCUGUUGCUAAUUACAGCGGUAGACCACACACUCAGAAACUCUGGUUAAUUGACUAGAGGUGUUGAUUGGAACAUUUACGGUAAACAUUACAUUUCUGCACAAUCAACAAAUGAAUUGAUUAUUAUGCCCAUCCUUGGUUAACAUGACAACAAAGCAUGGUAAAAGUUCGACGAAACUUUUGACUAUAUGUAACAAACGUCACGCACAAUUCGCGCAGCCUCACACUAAUGCAAGUGGCACUUAUUACACACACCCUGCCUCUCCUGUCCUGCAGUGUAUGGUGUACCCGUUUUUCCUUGCUGGAAAGUCGUACUGUUGAUUAAGGACGGCCUCCUUAUUAAGAGCUAUAGCUGCAAGUUACUGUGGUUGUCGUGGAAACCUGUCUCAACGCAACAUAGCAAAGAUGUUUCUCUGAUUGGCUGAUCUAUUCUGACAGAACUGGACCUCUUUUAUUGUUUACUGACUUGAAGCAGCAGGUGGUUUCUAAUAAGGUGGCCAGAGGAAAACGACAUCUGUCCCAUUCAGUUCUUAUGAUGGGGGCGCUACAUGUAGAAUAUUCUUUGGUGUACUACCUGUUUCAUCUUUGUAACUGUUAUUUAUAUAUAUAUAUAUAUAUAUAUUUAUAUAUAUAUAUAUAUAUAUAUAUAUAUAUACACAUACAUACACACAUAAAUAUAUGUAAAUAUACAUGUUUUUUAUUGCAAGCAAACAUUUGUAAGGAAGAUCAUAACUUUUAAUCUUAAAUCAUGCUGGAAAGUGCACUGUUUUGUUGUACUUUAUUUUUAGAAAAACAAACAUUUUGUUCAGCUCUGUGUUUUGCGGAAACCAUUUAGGGUUAGGAAGGUUUUUUUUUUUAUACCUCUUAAGAUUGCUUGUAUUUCAUUCAUUAACACAAAUAAAUCAAAGAACAGGCUUAAGACUUACAAUAACAAAAAUGUUGAUUUAACAAGUCUGCUUAAAUUGAACUUUGGAAGAUAAGUCGUGUAAACUAAUUGUAGCAACCAAAUGUUUUAUUCUUUGUUCCUGAUAUUUAAUAAGAUGUUACAGAAUGUA